AUGCCUUGCGGCGCGUCUUGCCCAAUGGGAGCAGAGCGGGCAGUCCCUGCAACUCUUCGUGUCGCUUGCGGGCGAGAACUUCGGAGCCCCUCGCCUUUUUUGCAACCCGGCCGGUACAUCAACGACACGUGCGAUGGGGUCACUUUCUCAGGACGCGUGGAGAAGUCGCAGGUGAGCAAGAAUUCAGAAGUGCCCUUUGAGAGUGAGGAAUACCUGAUCUCCGCCACGUCACGGGGCAAAGAGUUCAAGCUGACGCUUACGCCAGUCAAACAGGAACAUUCGCCCCCUAACAAAGGAGAGGCCCAGAAACCAAUGGAUGUCAUCUUCCGGUUUGGGAUGUCGGGCAGCUUCAAGAUGACGCUGGCGUCUGAGAUCCCCAAGCAUGCCCAUUUGCGCUUCUACACCAAGGAGAGCCCGCCCCGAGCUCUCUGCUUCGUGGAUUACCGGCGCUUCGGCAGGUGGGAAGUGGACGGCUCGUGGCAACCCGACCGUGGACCGUGUGUGAUGCUGGAAUAUGAGAAAUUCAGGGAGAACGUGCUGAAGAAUGUCUCGGAUAAAGCUUUCAACAAGCCCAUCUGUGAGGCCUUGCUCAACCAGAAGUUCUUCAACGGUAUCGGCAACUACCUGCGAGCCGAAAUCCUCCACAGGUUGAAAAUCCCUCCCUUUGAGAAGGCAAGGACCGUCCUGGAGAACUUGCAACAUCGGGAGCCGGACUCCGCCGUGACGCUCAGCAGAAAGGUGAAGCUCAAGCGGGAGAAUCCGGACUUGCUGGAGCUCUGCCACCAGCUGCCCACGGAGGUCGUUCGUCUGGAGGGCAAAGGUUACGACCCGGAGAGGUCCGCAGAUUCCACAGCCUUUGAACAGUGGCUUCAGUGCUACAACGUUCCUGGCAUGAAGUCCCUACGGGAUGCCAACGGACGGACAAUCUGGUUCCAG